UGAAGAAUCAGAAUUUUGCAAUAAAGAUCAUUAUAACUGCGAAUUCAAACGCGAGGCCGAAUUGUUACCUACAGUGUAAAGCAUAAGAUUGAGCGAACGAGUUUCAAAAUAGUGAUAAUCGAAAAAGUACUAUAAGUAUUGCAUAUUGAACAUAUUUCUCAAAAUGAAGAUCUACCUGUUUGUUCUUUUAGUUAUGGUCGCUGUAGUCGCUUUCGCAUUCCCUAUCGUAGAUGGAGACCAGUUAGUGCUGAUAAAUGAACCCGAAUUCUUGAAAUUGGAAAAUAUUGGAGAUCUCGAAGAACAUAAUCGGCAACGUAAAUUCACGUGUAACUUUAUGUGCGCUUUACGCUGUAUACUUGCAGGAUACAAAACGGCAUAUUGUGACAACCAAGGCAUCUGCUUUUGUGAUGCACAAAAAUGGUAUGGUUAACUUCGAUUGCAGAAAUGGUUCUCUUAGAAGGAUUGGACUGAAAUUUUUACUGAUGAAUAUGUGUUGAGUAUGAUUCUCUUUUUGAAAUUUCAACAAGACAUUAUAAAUUUAUUUAUAAUAAAUAAUUUUCGAACGCUAAAAA